UCAAUGAAUCAGAAAAACAUGUUCUUCUCUCUUCUCUCCUUCAUCGCCAAGUUGGAAUAUAGAUUGUGUAGUUAUUUUGCCCAUGACUUUCUUUUGCUGCAUUUUGUGAAGAUGCAUAACAACAACAUGUAGGAUGUAGGAUCAAUGGAAAGACUCUUUGAUGGAGCUGAACAAGUGGAUUUCUCAAAAAGCAGCAAAAUGUACAAAGUGUUGGGAAGUUUAUCUAACAGGGAGAUUCAGCGAGUCCUUAACUCAUAGGUAAUGGUGGCAAGAUAAACCUAUACAUGUCAUGGUAACAUUCAGCGACACGACUGACAUCCACAAGAUGCCUCCACCCUCCUGUAUACCCACUCCACUGUCACCAGGCUUGCGGCGCAAACAACUGCUGUGGCAAAACGCUGUGAAACACAUCAUCAGCCAACGGGGGCUCAGACGGCAGUUUGGCGUCGAGCCUGCCCGGAAAAUCCGCGUCACCGAUGCCUAUAUCGAGGAAAUCAACCGACAGAUACGCAACAAAGCAUCACGGGGUAUGACUAAACGGCGUUCCUCGGUUGCCAGAGUCCAUCCAUCCUUUUUUGGGGAACGUAGUAGUUCAUCCAGUACCCAAACUGGAACGUCUGCGGACUACGUCAGUGAUGCUGACUUUUUUGUGCACUGGGGCCACAUCAUCCACGGGGUGUAUGUACCAACAUUGAGACACAUUUUCAAAUCCAAAGACCUUGAGAAACUCUACCAGCGCCAUUCCUCACAUACUAGAAGAACUUCAUUAGUUGUCACAAACAUUAUUGAUGCAGCUGCCAAACUGCACCUGCUUUUGCUCUACCUGGCCCUGGUGCCGGACGGUUCGGACAUACUGCUAGGCUGGUUUACGGGGUUUUUCAUGGCUUGUGCAAUUGCCCUUUGUGCUUUGGUACUCACCUGUAAACGCUCUCACUCCCCAAGAUGGUUGCAUUAUGCUGGUAUGGCUAGCUGGCUGUCACAGACUACUCAGGUGUUGGGUGGGCUGGCAUACGGGUUGGAAAGAGACCAGUCCUGGUAUGUACUUUUCACCCUGUUUGCCACAUACACUCUAUUGCCAUUGCCACUGCUCUGGGCUAUCGGAGCUGGUACACUCACCUCCAUACUUCAACUCACUGCAGAGACAAUACGCCACAUCAGCGAAGUGGGACUGCUAAGAAAGAUUCUCGCCAAGGCUUUACUAUACACAAGCAUGAACAUCGCAGGUCUCUUCAUUCAUUACCUGACUGACCGCUCCCAAAGACAAGCCUUUCUUGAGACACGGCGCUGCAUUGAAGGUCGCAUGAAACUAGAAACAGAAAACCAGAGACAGGAGCGUUUGGUGCUGUCGAUUCUGCCCCGCUUUGUUGCUUUGGAGAUGAUUGCCGAUAUGACUUCUAUGGAUGAUGAUCUCGAUCCACAGCAAUUUCACAAAACAUAUAUCCAUCAGUACAAAGAUGUCAGUAUCCUCUUUGCUGAUAUAAAGGGCUUCACACUGUUAUCCAUGAACAUGUCUGCUCAGGAGUUAGUACGCUUACUCAAUGAGCUCUUUGGACGUUUUGACCGGCUAGCUGAUGAAUAUGACUGCUUGAGAAUAAAAAUCUUGGGCGACUGUUACUACUGUGUAUCUGGGGUACCAGAGCCUCAGCGAGCACAUGCCCGCUGCUGUGUGGAGAUGGGACUAGCUAUGAUCAGCACCAUUAGAUCUGUAAGGAAACAAAUGAACUUUGACAUGGAUAUGCGAAUUGGGAUCCACUCUGGCUCUGUUCUGUGUGGGGUUCUGGGUCUACAAAAAUGGCAGUUUGAUGUGUGGUCUUGGGAUGUAGGCAUUGCCAACAUGCUGGAAGCAGGGGGAAUCCCUGGACGCAUCCACAUUUCACGUGCAACUUUGGACUGCCUGGAUGGAAGCUACCAAACGGAGGAUGGGCGUGGAUAUGAGCGUAAUGAGUUCCUACGAAAACACAAGAUCGACACUUUCCUUAUCUGCCACAAGGAGGAGGAUCUAGAUGAAAUAGAAGCAGAGCAUCUAAAAAGUCAGAAAAAACACCGCCCCUGGAACAAAGAGAUAUUGGCCUCCUUCUCCCAUGGGUCUUACACGCAACUUCCUACAUCUUCAGUGUGCAGAUCUACAUCCAAGGAGAUCAACAAACGGAUAGAGCAUGCUAUAGAUCUUCGCAGCAGUGAGCGCAUGCGUCAGGAGCACAUCACUUCAGCCACAUUGGUGUUUAAGGAUACACACAUUGAGGAGAAGUUCUCUCAGGUAAGGGAUGAGAUGUUUAAGACCAAUCUAGUAUGCUCCUUCAUCGUGUUUCUUCAUCUCAUGGCUGUCCAAGCCCUCAUUCCUGUACCCAGGUUGUAUUACUGGACUGCACUGCAGUUCUGUCUGUUCUUGCUGGGAUAUCUCUUAUUGCUCACAAUGGUCUUGGCUGAAGAGUUUAAACAUUCUCCCAGUGUCCUUCAGCAGUUCUGCUGCUGGAUCCAUGAAAACAACAGUAUGCGGAACCUUCUCACUGUAACAGCUAUAGCCAUCAACUUUGGUAUGGCUCUGCUUGACAUGAUAUGGUGUAACUCUACUGAGACAAGAGAAAUAAGCACCAGUGAAACUAAGGAAUAUCAAACCAUCCAGAAGCCACUUACUGCCUGCACAUAUCCAGAGUUCUUCGUUCUAAGUGGGGUGGUUUCUAUGGUGACCUGUGCUGUGUUCCUGAGGCUGAGCUCUCUCUUAAAGCUGGCUAUUCUGUUGUUAUUGGUGGUGAUCUAUACUUACUUAAUCGAAGUGUCCAUAGAACAGUCAGGCAGGUCUCAAUACCUCAGAAGAAAGGGAGUCUCAAUUCUGUUGAUGGCAAUGUUUGUCAUAGCUGUGUUCUACAAUGGUCGACGGUGGGAAGCAACAACACGGCUAGACUUCCUGUGGCGAUUGCAAGCUCAGCAGGAAGUGCAGGAGAUGAGAGGCCUGAGGGAGCACAAUGAGUGCCUGCUGCAUAACAUCCUGCCUGCACACGUCGCUCGUCACUUCCUAGAAAGGAACAGAAAUGAUCAGGAGCUGUAUUCUCAGUCCUAUGAUGAGGUAGGGGUAAUGUUUGCCUCCAUCGCUGGCUUUAAUGAAUACUACGAGCAGAAGGAGAUCAAUCACGAGGGAGUUGAGUGUCUCAGACUGCUCAAUGAGAUCAUUGCAGACUUUGACGAGCUGUUGGAGGAGACAUAUUUUUUCGACAUUGAGAAAAUCAAAACCAUUGGGAGUUGCUACAUGGCAGCAUCUGGUCUAUCACCUAAUAAACAGUCUCGUGUUGUAAACGACUGGCAUCAUCUCAGUGAGUUGGUUCUGUUCGCUCUGGCUAUGCAAGAGACCCUGAAAGAGAUCAACAAAAAACAUUCCUCAAACAACUUCCAGCUCCGCGUUGGAAUUGCCCACGGUCCAGUUGUUGCUGGAGUCAUCGGUGCCACCAAACCCCAGUAUGAUAUCUGGGGCAUGACAGUGAAUUUGGCAAGUCGAAUGGACAGUACUGGCGUCAGUGGAAAGAUUCAGGUCCCUGAGGCCACAUGCAAUAUUCUAGCAGACUGGGGGUUUGUGCUAGAAUUGCGUGGGGAGAUAUACAUAAAGGGCGUCAGCGAGAGAAAGGGACAUGUCCGAACAUACUUCAUCAGCAACAAGAGGCGUCAACCGUCAAGCAAUGGGAUUACUGACAGAGGAAUAAACGGACGGAGUGGGAGGACCACUCUCGCCACUGUGGUCUUUGGCCUUGUGCAGGCCAUUCACAGAGAAAAGCAGAGAGGUGCCAAUGGAGGUUUGACUCUGCCAAACAACAACUUGAACAACUUUAAAUUAUGAUACGAAACAUCAAACCAGUAUUUUCCUCAAUGCAAUGCACUGCCUUCUUCUUCAAAAGAAUACCUCAGAUAUCUUAUAAACUCCUUAUGUGGACUUGUCUGUUGAACACAAGUAGAACAAUGACUAUUUUGGUUUCAUAAAUACGUAUGUUUUAAUAAACUUCACUUUGAACAUAAUCAUGCGAAAGAUACAGUUUACAAGAAUUGUUAUA